UAUACGACAGCAUGUGGUUGUGCUGCUCGAGAAAGGGCAAGGUUGACCCGCUGCGGUCGGGAUUAGAAAAUGGAAUUACGAACGAUUCGUCAUCGGAAAAUGCUACAGACAAAUUUGGAUUUUAUCAGAUCAUGGUAUUCACAUUUAUUAGUAUGACAUUGAUGCUAACGGCAGGAUUCGCAUUUUCUUAUGUAUUUACUGCGGGCAAGGUUAACUACAGAUGUUUCGUGCCGGAAUGCGAGCAUUCAGGGAAUACGACAUUCGAACCGUCAUGGCUGAAUUUUUCUGCGCCGAUAAUCGACGGAGUUAUUUCCGGUUGCACUCGUUAUGUGGUACAAAACGAUCACUCGGACACAUGCACAGAAGCAUCGUUCACCAACGUCACUCGCGACUGUGAUUCUUGGAUUUACGAUUCGGAUGAAUAUACGAUACUUAACGAAUGGGAUUUUACCUGCGAUGCUAAUCGAUGGAAACUCACGUUGGUGGGCACGAUACAACAUACCGGUCAAUUUGUCGGUUUGAUGUUCUCUGGAUACAUAUCUGACAGGUAUGGGAGACGAACAAUUUUAAUGGUGGCGACGUCUCUAUCUGGAAUCAGUGGCUUGAUACAGUCCUUCUCCGUGAAUUAUUGGAUGUUUCUUACAUUCGAAUUUGUCAAUGCCACUAUAGUGGCUGGAAUUUACAGCGCGGGAUUUAUUUUAGGGAUGGAGACCAUGGGAGUGAAAAAUAGAGUCUUUGGAAGCGUUAUAAUAUCUAGCACAUUCGCUGUGGGUGAGGUUUUACUGGGAUUAAUCGCAAGUUUAUUAAAAUCUUGGCGAAUGCUUCUUAGGAUAGUAUACGGACCGGCACUACUAGCUGUUUUCGUACCUCUGGUCAUUCCAGAAUCAGUUAGAUGGUUAAUGUCAAAGAAAAAAUAUGAAAAAGUGGAUAAAAUAUACUAUAAAAUGGCCCGAAUGAACGGCCUGCAAGUAACGAACGAGGCCAUCAAUAUGUUCAGAGAGCAAAAUGUAGCUGAAACGAAAAGCGAGCUGGUGAUAUUGGACAAGAGAAAACCGAUCGUGCAAGUUCUACAUAGCUCAGUGAUACUUACUCGACUGCUGGUCUGCUCGUUCUGUUGGAUUACAAAUACGUUCGUUUAUUACGGACUGUCGUUAAAUUCAGUGGCGUUUGGCGGCGAUAAGUACCUCAAUUUCGUACUCGUUGCGGUAGUCGAGAUACCAGCAUUUUGCAUCGGCUGCGUGCUGAACAAUCACAUUGGCCGUAAAUCAACGCUUUCUGGUGCAUUCAUGCUGAGCGGGCUAUUCUGUCUCGCAAGUCAGUUCGUACCGGCAGGAACCUGGAAUCAUGGACCUUUAUUUUUAUACAUGAUCGGGAAGUUGUGUAUCGCCAUGGCGUUCUCUACUACCUACAUCUUCACGGCAGAGCUUUUCCCGACAACGCUCAGAAAUUCCCUGCUCGGAUUUUGCAGCAUGAUCGGUCGCAUUGGGUCAAUUUUAGCGCCGCAGACACCUCUUUUGAUGCAAAUAAUGCCUUCGUUGCCAUUUAUUCUGUUUGGGACUAUGGGUAUGAUCGCAGGCGUCUUGUCUUUGAUUUUCCCGGAAACUUUAGGAACGAAACUUCCGGACACCGUAUGGGAGGCAGAAAAACUCGGCAAAGAAACUCGCAAAAUUUCACAUUUUAACAUGUCGCCUCGUCAGAAAAGCAGCGUAGAAUGUUAAGAACGCUUUAAUUUAUGCAAAUGCCUAGCAUCCCUCGUGUAUUUUUUCAGCAUCUGUCCUUCUGGAUUUUAUAGAGAUGCUAGUUACCUCUCCACAAGAUGCUAGCAUGCGGAUAAAUUCAUCUUAGACUCUGAGACUCGCGUGAUAGAAAUGUUUAACAAUAUUAUUAUUAUAAAUAUUAAUUCCUUUUACAAUGUACUCAUUA